AGAACAUAUCUUAUCACUGAAAAUGGCCACAAAGAUGCUUUUCCUUUUUGCUUUAUUUGGACUGGCAUUUUCCAAGCUCCCACAUAAACGGCAGUGUGAGGGUGAAACAAAACAAGAUUCACCAACUCGUUGUUCAAAUUAUGAAAACAUUGAAUACCUUGAUAAAACACUCAAAGAUAACCAAAAGGAGCUGCAAGAAAGGAUUGCUGCUGUUGAAGGUAAGACCAGAGAAAAUCUUGAGACUCUUUCCAGUGUACAAGAGGAGCUUAAAAGGAUUAAGUUACAAACUAAGAUGGAAAUCAACCACACAAAGACACAGCUGCAAGAAAACAACGAUGACAUUUCUAGCCUGAAGAAAGAGAUUCAAGAACUGCGCAAAUCCAGGGAAAGAGAAGGAGUAAACAUCAAUGAGAUUGAAGAGAGACUCAAUGUAACUGAGAGAAAGUUGAGGGAAAAUAAAGCCAAGCUUGAAAAUCUGGAGACAGAGACCAAGGGUGCGUUCAGUGACACACAAAAACUCCUGAAUCUAUAUAAAAAUAGACUGUCCCAUCUUAACACAACAACCCAGGAGCUUGAAGGCAAAGUUGAAGCCCGACUGGAUGCCACAAAGACAGACCUUGAUACUGAACUGAAGAAAAUACAAGACAACAGUAAAGCUUUCAGUGCAAAACUCAAACAACAAAAAGCUAAAGUCAGUAAAUUUAUGGAAGAAACUGGGAGCAAAUUCAGGCAUGUUGACGAACAGCUGAAAAUACAAAACACUACAGUCAACCAGCAGAAGGCUGACGUUGACACUCUCAAGAGCAAAACUGCAGUCAAUGCUAAGGUGGCAUUUUCUGCAACUAUAAUCGAAUCUCGUGAUGUGUUCACUGGACCCAAAACUGCCAGCACCAGCAGUAUUCUGAUCUUCAACAGAGUCUUCACAAACAUUGGCAACGCUUACAACAGUAAAACAGGUUGCUUCACUGCUCCACUGAAAGGGGUUUACCACUUUUCCUUCAUGACUUUUGGCUACAACAGCUACACCUCAGGAGCCAUCUUGGUGAAAAACGGGAAAUACCAAGUGAGCACCUGGGAAUUCACAGGACCGGAUGCCAGUGACACCACCAGCAACACAGUAAUUCUUGAAUUAAAUGCCAAUGACACUGUAAACAUCAUCCUUUGGGAAGGUGGGAAAAUACAUACAAGUGUCUUCAGUGGGUUCCUUGUUUUCCCAACAUCAUAGAUUUUUGAG